GAUCUAACCAUGAGCUACCCAGGCUACCCACCUCCUGCAGGUGGCUACCCACCAGCUGCACCAGGUGGUGGUGCCUGGGGAGGUGCUGGCUACCCCCCGCCCAACAUGCCCCCCAUCGGGCUGGAUAAUGUGGCCAGCUAUGCAGGACAGUUCAACCAGGACUACCUCUCGGGAAUGGCGGCCAACAUGUCUGGGACGUUUGGAGGAGCCAACAUGCCCAACCUGUACCCUGGGGCCCCUGGGGUCCCUGGGGGUGGUUACCCACCAGUACCCCCUGGGGGCUUUGGGCAUCCCCCUUCCACCCAGCAGCCCGUUCCUCCGUAUGGGAUGUAUCCACCCCCUGGAGGAAACCCACCCUCUGGGCUGCCCUCAUAUCCCCCAUACCCAGGGGCCCCUGUGCCGGGCCAGCCCGUGCCACCCCCGGGGCAGCAGCCUCCAGGGGCCUAUCCUGGGCAGCCACCAAUGACCUGCCCCGGGCAGUCGCCAAUGCCACCCCCUGGACAGCAGCAGCAGCCGGCACCAAGCUACCCAGGAUACUCGGGGUCUGGGACUGUCACCCCCGCCAUGCCUCCAGCCCAGUUUGGAAACCGAGGCACCAUCACAGAUGCUUCCGGCUUUGACCCCUUGCGAGAUGCUGAGGUCCUGCGGAAGGCCAUGAAAGGCUUUGGGACUGAUGAACAGGCCAUCAUCGACUGCUUGGGUAGUCGCUCCAACAAGCAGCGGCAGCAGAUCCUCCUGUCCUUCAAGACAGCUUAUGGCAAGGAUUUGAUCAAAGAUCUGAAAUCUGAACUGUCAGGAAACUUUGAGAAGACAAUCUUGGCCUUGAUGAAGACCCCAGUCCUCUUUGACACUUAUGAGAUAAAGGAAGCCAUCAAGGGGGCUGGCACCGAUGAAGCCUGCCUGAUUGAGAUCCUUGCUUCCCGCAGCAACGAGCACAUCCGGGAGUUGAGCAGAGUCUAUAAAGCAGAAUUCAAGAAGACCCUGGAGGAAGCCAUUCGAAGCGACACAUCUGGGCAUUUCCAGCGCCUCCUCAUCUCCCUCUCUCAGGGAAACCGGGAUGAAAGCACCAAUGUGGACAUGUCCCUUGUCCAGAGAGAUGUCCAGGAGCUGUACGCGGCUGGGGAGAACCGCCUGGGAACAGAUGAGUCCAAGUUCAAUGCAGUUCUGUGCUCCCGGAGCCGGGCCCACUUGGUGGCUGUUUUUAAUGAGUACCAGAGAAUGACGGGCCGAGACAUUGAGAAGAGUAUCUGCCGGGAGAUGUCCGGGGAUCUGGAGCAGGGCAUGCUGGCCGUGGUGAAAUGUCUCAAGAAUACCCCAGCCUUCUUCGCUGAAAGGCUCAACAAGGCCAUGAGGGGGGCAGGAACAAAGGACCGAACCCUGAUCCGCAUCAUGGUGUCCCGCAGUGAGACUGACCUUCUGGACAUCAGAUUGGAGUAUAAGCGGAUGUAUGGCAAGUCGCUGUACCAUGACAUCACGGGAGACACUUCAGGGGAUUACCGGAAGAUUCUGCUGAAGAUCUGUGGUGGCAAUGACUGAACAGUGACUGGGGGCUCACUUCUGCCCACCUGCUGGCAGCAGCGAUGCCAGGAAGAGGCCAAAAGAAUGUCUGCUUCUAGAAAAUCCACAAAUAGCCCCCAAGGUGCACCGUCCUAGAGCUUCGGCCCUAUCCUUCACCCCUCCUGACCCAUAUGUUGUGCCGAAGGACCUGGGUCGGUCUAGAACUCUCUCAGGAUGCCUUUUCCACCCCACCUCUCACGGCCUCUUGCUGCUAAAGUAGAUGUUUUAUUUCCUGGCUCGUGCAGUCCUUCCCCUUUGCUUGUGGCUAAGACUCUUGGCUUCAUUUUAGUCAUGUAAUUUUAUAUUUUUAUCUGAAGGCAUAUUUUUCUUACAGUUAUUGCCAGACAGAUGCAUACAAGUCUGUUUGCUGCAUACACAUUUCUGGUGAGGGUGAUUGGGUGGGUAGAGCGCCAUGCCCUCACUGAGGAAAAAAAAGGAAGGACCUCUAAAGGUUAUCUUUGCAUCUGGAGAGAAUGUGUCAUGAGCUUUGUUAUUGCCAACCUCACUCCUCUGUAGAGAGGGGAAAAAAAGGCCAGAAAGUCAUCUGUUCCAUCUUCCAUGCAAAACCAGGAGAACAAAGCCAGUUCCCUGCCAGUAUCAUGGCUUCUGGUUAUUUGGAAUGUGCCUUAAACCUGAAUGUUUGUAGCCAAAACCUGUUUUCAAAUUAAAAGUCAGCCAGCUCUGGAAUGUUCUGGAAAUGUC